AGGUGUAGUGCUGUAGUACUGUGCAACUUCUCCAUAAGGAACGGCCAGAUACACGGCAAAAGUGUUCCCUAUAGAGAGGGUUCCUCCAAGGGAGGUAAUUGCGGGGAAACGGGGGCUAAAAAAUAUAUACAACAAUUCAAGGACUGUAUGAUUGAUUGGCCGCAGGCAAGGAAUAUGUCUGAAUUGGCGAAUAAAACCAGAAAUAAUUUAGACAAUUUACCAUGGUCAGGCAGCGAUUGCAAAGACACAGAUGGGGCCAAAGCUAUUGCCGAUUUCAAGCAAUGCGCGAACUUCUCUGCAACCAUACAAUCCAUUGCCAAACAGUGCCAACAGCUUAAGACCAAAGGAUUGGACGCUUGUGUUCAACAAUUGAAUCAUUUUAUUAAUGCUAACAAAAAGAAUGAAGAUAAAGAAACCUCGACCAAA